UUGAGGAAUUAAUGCAAAGGCGAGCGGGAAAAAUAUUGUUCCCCCAUUUGCCUACACUGGAGAAAGCCGGAAUCCAAGACGAGGUGAUGCAGCUGUUGUCCCGUGAUUGGUGGCAACAUCUCUUUUUCGGCAUCAAUGAGCCGACUUAUAAAGAGAUCACUUGCGAGGUUCUGUCUUCUUUCAAGGCCCCGAGGGAAAUCACCAACAGCUUUUACCCGGUAAUCAAGUUUAGAGCUUUCGGGGAGGACCAUGUACUUUCAGCCAAUGACAUCUCUUCACACUUAGGUUUUGAGCGAUUGGACGAUGUUGCCCGAUGGGAUGGGAGCCUUUUAGACUUUCCGAAGGAGGUGAAUCAACAACAGUUUUGGGAGUCUAUUACUAUUAAUGGGGGCAGGUACAACUCACAGACAUCGCCUAGUACAGUCCUACACCCACUCAAGUACCGUGUCAUCCAUGCCUUGUUGAGUUCCACAGUUUCUGGCCGCGCAGAGAAAGGCGGCAAGGUCUCCUCCACUGACUUUUUCUGUCUCUAUUGCAUGAUUCAUGGGAGGAGACCGAUCUUUGGCGCUCUCUUCGCGGGACUUUUUGCCAGGCAGGCUAGUUAUCGGGUCAAGGAGCUUUUUGCGGGACCAUACAUUACACGGAUGAUGAAGGCCAUGGGGUAUGGAGACCGCCUAGAGGGGAUGACAGUCGUAGAGCAUAUUUAUCCGAUGGAGACGCUGCCCAAGGAGAUUCCAGCUGGACGCCGAGCAGCUAGGCACGCAGAUGAUGAUGACGGUGGUGCUGAGGGCCACCAGCAGGCUGAGCAGGAUGACGCGCAUGAGAUGAUGCAUGGGGCCCCCGUUCUGCCCCCUCCCCAGGGACAUGUGUUUCCCAACUCUUGGGAAGGGAUGCAUCAGCAUAUAGAGGAUAUGUAUGGCCGACUUUAUGAGCACCAGCAGCAGUUUUUCACGCAGAUGAGCAACGAUGUUACUGCAGGCUUCUCCAGUCUUGAUUUGAGGAUGACGUCAUUGGAGCAGAGAUGGGACAGACAGUUCCCCGAUGAUCAGCAGCCACCCCCUCCCCCAUUUUAGAUUAUGAUACAUUGUACCC